ACGACUAAUGAGUGAGCAGUGACCGCUGUCAGUGACUGAAGACAUGCUCGGUCACAUUUAGACACGUCCCUCGUAUUCAAGUCGUGUUUAAUCAAAAGGAAGUUUAUUGUUUUUUUUUUUUUAAAUCAACGCUACAACGAGCUAGCUUGUUUUCCUCCGCAGGCAUUGUUUACCAGCAUGGCAGAUCUAAAAGGAAAAGGAGAGCUGCAGCCUGAAGAUGUUGACACAGAUGACUGCCUGACUUCAUACACACACAUCUACAGUCCAGAUUUACUGAAAGAUCAGGUUGCUUUUAUCACCGGUGGGGGAUCUGGGAUUGGACUCCGUAUCGCUGAAAUCUUCAUGAGGCAUGGCUGUCACACAGUGAUUGCCAGCAGGAACCUAGAUAAGCUCAAAGAGGCAGCCGGCAAGCUGUCUGCUGUGACGGGACGCCGCUGUCUUCCUUUGUGCAUCGAUGUGAGGCAGCCCGAGAGCAUUGCUGCCGCUGUGGAUGAGACGCUGAAGGAGCUGGGUCGUAUAGACAUCCUUAUCAACAAUGCUGCUGGAAACUUCCUCUGCCCUGCCAUGGCGCUCUCCUUCAACGCCUUCAAGACAGUUCUAGAGAUAGACACCAUGGGUACAUUCAACACCAGCAAGGUGGUUUAUGAGAAGUGGUUCAAGGAUCAUGGUGGGAACAUCGUCAACAUCUCCGCAACGCUCGGAUACAAGGGGCAGGCCCUCCAAGUGCACGCCGGCUCCGCCAAGGCAGCAAAUGAUGCCAUGACGAAGCACCUGGCUGUGGAGUGGGGGCCCAGUGGGGUGAGGGUCAAUGCUGUGGCUCCAGGUCCAAUCUCUGGUACAGAGGGCUACCGCAGACUGGGUGGCCCUCGAGGCGAAGCCGCUGGUACCUUCCAGUCCAUUCCUUUGCAGCGAUCCGGCAACAAGACAGAGAUGGCCCACUGCACUCUUUUCCUGGCCAGCCGGGCGUCCUCCUAUGUGACCGGAGCCAUCCUGGUGGCGGAUGGCGGCUCGUGGCUGACCUCUGCCAACGACGUCUCCAUGCUGUUGGGUAUAGCCUCCUCUAAAUCUGCUAAACUCUGAACAGGGGCUCUCCUGUCCUCCUCCUGACUCAGGGUAUUGGUCAUCUGAAAAGAAAAGAGACAAGUAAAUGCUGAAAACUAAAGAGAACUUUAGUGCCCACCUGUAGCACCGAUGUGCUACAUGCACAGUAUUUGUGGUUUAUUUCACCCGCUGGUGCCUUAACAGAGUCUUAGUGAGUGGAUGGUGGAGUAGAACACUAACAUAAUGUAGUAACUGUAGAAUAUGCCUUUACAGUCUUAGUUAUUAAUCAAGUGAUAUAACAUUUAGCCAUUCCAGUGCUGAGUAUUCUCAUGUCAUCAUGCAUUUCAUGUACAGUCAUGUUUAUCACCGGCCAUUUUAUGUGUUUUCCUCUCAUGUAUUAAUAAAACCUUUAUAAUUAC